AUGUCUGCUGAGUGCCCUGAUCCUGGGCCAGGAGAGCCACAGAGCCAGGCCCUGAGACCAGGUGGUCAUUAUGGGACGUUGGUCUCAGGUCWGUGUCCCCCUCCCAGCACGCCUGCCCCAUGGAGCCUGCCUCGCUGGAGAGCAUACGUGGCUGCUGCAGUUCUCUGCUACAUCAACCUCCUGAACUACAUGAACUGGUUCAUCAUCGCAGGAGUGCUGUUGGAUGUGCAGAAGUUCUUUCAGAUCAGCGACAGCAAUGCUGGUUUGCUUCAGACAGUCUUCAUAGGCUGCCUGCUGCUUUCUGCACCCGUGUUUGGCUACCUGGGUGACCGCCACAGCCGCAAGGCCACGCUGAGCUUCGGGAUUCUGCUGUGGUCAGGGGCUGGCCUCUCCAGCUCCUUCAUCUCUCCUAAGUAUUCCUGGCUCUUCUUCCUGUCCCGAGGAGUCGUGGGCACAGGCACAGCCAGCUACUCCACCAUCGCACCCACAGUYUUGGGUGACCUCUUCGUGAAGGACCAGAGGACCCGUGUGCUGGCCAUCUUCUACAUCUUCAUCCCUGUGGGGAGUGGUCUGGGCUACGUGCUGGGGUCGGCUGUGGCGGAGCUAACAGGCAACUGGYGCUGGGCCCUUCGAAUCAUGCCCUGCCUGGAGGCUGUCGCCUUGAUCCUGCUUAUCCUGCUGGUUCCAGACCCUCCUCGAGGAGCAGCUGAGAAGCAGGGGGAGAAGGCUGUGGGGACCCUGAGGAGCAGCUGGUGUGAGGACGUCAGAUACCUGGGAAGAAACUGGAGUUUUGUGUGGUCGACCCUCGGAGUGACAUCCAUGGCUUUUGUGACUGGAGCCCUGGGCUUCUGGGCCCCCAAGUUUCUGUUUGAGGCCCGUGUGAUCCACGGGUGGCAGGUUCCUGAUUUCCAGGAACCAGGAAGCAGCCAGGACAGCCUGAUCUUUGGAACACUGACUGUUGUGACUGGUAUUAUUGGUGUCAUCCUGGGGGCAGAGGCUGCGAGGAGGUACAAGAAAGUCAAUCCAAGGGCCGAACCCCUCAUCUGUGCCUCCAGUCUGCUUGCCACAGCCCCUUGCCUCUACCUGGCUCUUGUCCUGGCCCCAACCACCCUCCUGGCCUCCUAUGUGUUCCUGGCCCUGGGAGAGCUGCUUCUGUCUUGCAACUGGGCUGUGGUAGCUGACAUCCUGCUGUCUGUGGUGGUGCCCAGGUGCCGGGGGACAGCAGAGGCGCUUCAGAUCACAGUGGGCCACAUCCUGGGAGACKCGGGCAGCCCCUAUCUCACUGGACUUAUCUCUAGUGCCCUGCGGGCCAGGCGCCUGGACUCCUAUCUGCAGCGCUUCCUCAGCCUGCAGCAGAGCUUCCUGUGCUGUGCCUUUGUCAUCGUCCUGGGUGGUGGCUGCUUCCUGCUAACGGCACUGCACCUGGAGAGAGACCAGGCCCAGGCCCAGGCGCAGGCCCAGGCCCAGCAGCCUGACACAGGGACCCUGGACAGCAAGGACAUGGAGAGCAAAGGCCUGCUUUCUGGCAUCAGCACCUCCACAGAGGACCCCUGAGGCUCCUGCCCUGCAGCAAGGAGACCCCCUGCCAUGUCCACGCUCCUCCCACUGGUCCCACAGUGGCAGUGCCUCUGCCCAC